AUGGGCGGCUGCGGCUCUAAAAGCCGAGUGGAGACGGCGCAGCCCAAGGCUACCAAGGCUCCCGAUCCCAUCGUUUCCAACCUCUCAGAUCCCAAGGGGCAGGCCAUUGGAAAUGGUGCUAGCAAUCCGGCAGGUGCUGCGAAGGCCGGCAAGCAGCCGCAAAGCGCGCCGGCCAAGGGGGACUUGUCGAAACUCCAAGCGCCGGUGGGUGAGGUGCAGCUGUCCCUCAGUGCUGGGGACAUCCGCGACAAGUACGAGAUCUUAGCAGUGUUGGGCAGUGGCUCCUUCGGAGAGGUGAAGGAAGUGAGGGUCAAGGCCUUUCCUGAAAAGCUCCGCGCGGUGAAGAUCACUGAGCGCCAGGUGGAAGAUAAAGGAGAGAAGGGGCAGAAAAAGCUCGACUCGCUUGCCAUGUUCCGCAAAGAGGUCGAACUUCUCAGAUCUCUGAAGCACACGAACAUUGUGCGGGUUUGGGACGUCUACGAAACGUCGCAUUACCUCUAUGUGGUGAUGGAUCUGUGCCGUGGCGGCGAGUUGUUCGAAAUGAUCAACGAGAUGGAUCGGCUUUCUGAGAGCGACACCGCUGUGAUUGCAAAGCAACUGCUCGGUGGCAUCGACUACAUGCACAGCAAGGGCGUCAUGCAUCGGGAUAUCAAAGCAGAGAAUGUGCUGCUGACCGAGUGGUCAACCACGGCAGUCGUGAAAAUCAUCGACUUCGGGAUCGCCGCAAGGUUUCAGCGUGGAGAGAUGUUCGACAAGAUAUCAGGCUCGCCGCAAUACAUGGCGCCAGAACUUGUUGGGCAGCGCUAUGACUACCGCGUAGAUAUGUGGGCGUUUGGCGUCUUGGUGUACUUUGCGCUCUACGGGCGCUACCCCUUUGAUGGCAACAACGUCCGCGAGAUCCUCCUGACAGUCCUACACGGCACCAUCGAGUGGGACAGUGAUGUGUCGAUCGAUUCCAAGACAGUUGCCUUCCUUAAAGGCUGCCUCAACAGGAAGCCUCGAAAAAGAACCACAGCGAAGGUUGCCAUGAGCCAUCCUUGGAUUAUGGCCGCGAAGAAGCCUGAUGCGGAGAAGCAUCGGGAACCUACUGAACUCAACAUCUCCAGUGAUAUCCUCAAAGGGGACCCGAAGAAUCUUAGCGCAGGUGCAGAGAAGAAAGGGCCGGUUGAAAAGCCAGAUGCCAAAGAUGAUGGUGGAGGCAAGCGAACCGCCCUUCGUGUCCGGCAGGAUGAUGAACCUGGUCUGGCUCAGGACACGGGGGCUACGGGCUCCCAAAGUGGUCCUGAGGGAGAAGGCCAAGUGGAUUUCAUGCUGGACCCCAACCAGGCGCUGGAGUUCCAGGACAUGUACUCGGAUUGGAAGCGGCAGACGUCUACGGACAGUACCGCUUCCUCGGCGUCGCAGAUGUACCCGAUGCCUAACGAGAUGGCGGAGGAGGAAGAUGAGGACAUCAAGCAGAUGAAGGCCGAGUUGGCCGGUGAGUCUGAGAUGGAUUCUCCUGAAGCAGCAGGCCUGCCGGCGAUGUCACCACUUCGCAUAGGCGAAGGCCAGCGCGCCAGCAGUGGCGGAAACAACUUGGCGUUCAACCGGGUGAUGCCGAGCCCCAGUCCCGUGAGUGCCCCGCCAAACGGAAAGUCAGACUCCAUCCAGAGCUUGAGAUGA